AUGGCCACUAACGAUACGGCACCUGAAAACGUCGACUCUCUCAUCAACCGGGAUGACGGGAGGAAAUACUGGGAAAGCGUUGAUGCCACCGUCGAUGCCAUGCUUGGGGGGCUUCCUCACGUCAGCAGAGUCGAGAUUCGGGGCUCGCGGAACUUCCUAGCCAAGCUCGGUAUCGGAUCCAAGCCCGGCCAACGGGUUGUUGCGAGCGCUCUGGAGGGAGGCGCUGGCAUCGGCCGCGUCACCGAGGGUCUACUCCUCGACGGCAUCGCCCAAAAUGUCGACGUCAUUGAGCCCAUCGCCAAAUUCACGGCCGAGUUGCAAGGCAGACCGGGGGUAAGAAGCAUUUUCACCAUGGGCCUCGAGGACUGGCGGCCGAGCCACGGUGUCCAAUACGAUCUUAUCUGGGUACAGUGGUGUGCCGGCCACUUGACCGACGAGCAGCUAGUCCAAUUUCUGGAGAGGUGUAAAUCGACAUUGAACCCAGACGGAGGCGUGAUCGUAUUCAAAGAGAACAACAGCACGGCAGGGGAGGACAUGUUUGAUCAUGUCGACAGCUGCGUUACAAGACACGACAACUCCUUCCGGCGCUGCUUUGGCGCGGCGGGCUUGCGGAUCAUCCAGACCGAGUUGCAAAAGGGAUUGCAAAACACGGGGGUGGCCCUCUUACCAGUCAGGAUGUACGCACUGCGGCCUACGCAGCCGUGA